AUCUAAAAACAUUCCGACAGCACUUGAAGGCGGCGUCAGUCCACACUGCAUACGCGCCGUGGCGGAGAGCGAAGAUGGCGGAGAAUAAUGUCGAACCAGAGCAGUACUGGAGCGACCGGGCCCUGGACACGGCCGAAGACACUCUUGUUGCAAUGGAAACCCUGUUGGCCACACUGAGAGCCUUUGAAGACGUACUCAGGCAACAAGAAAUAUCCAUAGCAUCUUCCACGGAGUACUGUGACAACUUCUGUCAGGCCCUGAUGCACUAUGCUGGGAGCAGGAACUCCAUGGAGCACGGUCUGCCUCUUCUGGAGGUCUACUGUCUGUCCAUAAACUGUUUUGGUGCAGCCCGAUCCCACCUCACUGCAGAGUCCGACAGAGUUGCCCUUGUUUUGAAGAGACUAGCUUUGAGCUGUUUUGAACUGUUGCUGUCUGUUCCUGAGAAUGAAAUCCCAUAUGAAGCCUGGGUUCAAUUCCACCACUCUGUUCGGAUUUCCCAUGAUACGUUGUUACAGUUUGGAAGCACAGACCUCCAAGCUUUACUCCAGAUCACAGGAGAGGGCGGAGCAUGGAGCAACCCAGUCCUUUCGUCUCUCCUCACCGGCCAGCACACCAAUCCAGAAGAAGUUGAUGCAUACAUCAGCUUGGAGGGCGAGGGCUUCAUGGAGAUGCGGGUAAAGCACCUGGAGAAGAUGGGCGAAGUGGCCAAGGCAGUGGUGCUGGCCAAGGCUUGCACUGAAUGCAGCUUCAUCUCCAACCAAGCUACCUUUCGUCAAACUUAUGUCUCCCUGCUUUGUCACCUGCUGCCUAAUGAAGAGGCCAUCACGGAGAUAUCCAGACUUGACUGUAAGGAUGUUCUGGAGAUCACGUGUAAUUUGGAGACUGAGGGGGAGGAGAACACUGCCUUCAUUUUGUGCACAACCUUCCUGACACAGCAGCUUCAGCAGCAGAGUCUUUACUGCUCCUGGGAGUUGACUCUGUUGUGGAGUAAGCUUCAAAGGAGGAUUGACCCCUCGUUAAUGUCUCUUCUGGAACGAUGCCUUCAGUUAGGUGCCAUUGCCAAAACGGUCCACCAUUUGCUUUGCCUGGUCCGUGUCAUUCAGACAGAGACGGAGGAAAUGGGGGUGCCUGCCUCCGUCGAACUUUGUGUCAAAGCCCUUCAACUUCCAAAGCUGGAUGACGCAGAAACAAGGAUCUCUGUCUGUAAGACAGUGUCCUGCCUUCUUCCAGGGGACCUAGAAGUGUUGCGUGCCUGUUUACUCACAGAGUUCCUGCUUGGCCCCAGCCGUGAGGUCUUUGGGUCCCUUAAGGAGCUUUACUUAGGCCCAGACCAAAAGUAUGACCAGGAAAACGAGGUUAUCCCCAACUCCCUACGCUGCGAGUUGCUACUAGCUCUGAAAGCAUACUGGCCUUUUGACCCUGAAUUCUGGGACUGGAAAACUCUCAAGUACCACUGCAUCACCCUUCUAGGGCUAAUGCCGGAGUCUGAAGGAGAAGAGGAGGAGGUGGUAGACAAAAGAGAGAAGAGUAAACGACAUGAGCCACAGGGAAUCACAGUGAAAGUAGAAUCUGAGCAUCAGAAGAAGAUUAAUGGAAGUCUUGAUGGUCAUGAGCAGCAGGAUAAAAAGCAGUCUUCCAACAUAGUAGAAAUCCAAGGAGAAUCGGAAACAAAGAAACAGAAAUUUUGCUGUCAAAUUUGUAUGAGGUCGGUGACUGACACCCAAAUCAUUCACCACUCCAAAAGACAUGCAGAGGACAACAGGCACCCAUGCCCUGUGUGCUUGAAAAAGUUUAAGAGCAGAAAGGAACUCGUUCCUCACCUGAAAGAGCAUGUGCCGAGUGAAGCACAUCUGAACAAAAACAAUAUAAAGAAAGAGGACGGGCAGAAACAGGUAGAUGAGGAUGAUGAUAUUGAACCAGGUGAGAUCACCAUAGACCCUUCCUUAAUGCAGUUUUACAAAUCCACACAUGAUCCUGAAGUGCUGCAACACAUUGUGCAACAAGCCAAAACUUUGAAGGAGAAGAAUGUGGACGAUGACGAGCAUGUAACAUUCGAAUACAUUGACCAACACUUCAAUGUGCAGAACAGGGAUGAGUAUCCGUGUCCAGGAACAGGGUGCACUCGGACUUUUAAACAUUCCAAGUACCUGUAUGUCCAUCUAAAGUCAGAGCACAAAGGUGAUGACAAUGUGAAACAUUUUCAUCAGAUGAGAGACAGGCGGGAGAAGUGUGUUUUUUGUAGACGGCAUUUUGUCUCCGCACACCAUCACCGCAAACACCGAAGACUUCACUAUGGUAAUCAGCCUUACAUGUGUGUGGUUCUAGGUUGUGGCGAUCAGUUUAGGACUUCCAAUGAACUUGUCCUGCACAAACAGACCCAUGGCUAUCACCUAAACUACCAGUGUGAGCUGAAAGGCUGUUACGUCACUUGCUCUGACUUGGGACAGAUCUAUCACCAUGAAGCACAGCAUUUCAGAGAUGCAGCAUUUACCUGUUCUAGCUCUAAAUGUAAUAAAUUCUAUUUGUCAAAAAAAGAAUUCAUGAAGCAUUUAUCCACACACAACAUCACCUUCUCUGAAGAAGACUUUGAGGCUCAAAGAAAGGCAAAGCGGAAACUUCUUAAGACUGUUACUGAAGCGACAACCCGCCUUAAUAAGUCAGUUGAUGUAGAAGAUACUGUAAAUGGAGAUAUCCUUUCAUCUUCCUUAGUAAGUUGUGCCUCCUCUUUGCAAGAAUCAGACAGCAAGGAUCCCAAAGCAACGAUGACCUUGGUAGCUGUGUGUUUUGAUGGAAGUAAGUUCACCUGUGGUUUUGAGAAGUGUGGCAUGACUUUCUCCAGAGCCAGAGAUGUCCAGAGGCAUCUGAAAUGUGCCCACCCAGAACACCUUAAACUGGAGAACAAAGCACACAAACAUGACCAAGAGUGGGAUUCAAAGUCCAAAGGGAUAAAGACUGAAACUGAGCCAGAGGGUGUGGAAAAUGGAAAAGAUGAGCAAUCGAUUCCAUUACAAACUGUGGAGGCUGGCAAGGAAAGAAAAGUUACCACUCUUCCCAAAAACAUUGAAACUCUUCAAUGUUCCUCAAGCCUUCCAGAAGAAAAUGAUGCUUUGAUUGAAAUUCUUUGUGGGCUCAGUAAACUGGACCUGAAUUCUUCAUCUCCUCACAGUGUGCCAAGUGAGCCCCCUCAGCCUGACCCAGAGUCUAAUGCAUCACAAAUAUCUCUUCAUCAGGCAAUAAUGGCAAAGCCCCCCGUUGUGUUGCUUCAGAAGAAGCCCUUACAUCGGCCUAAGGAAAUGGUUCAAGUCAAAACUAAAGCAUCAGCACCGGAUGUACAACACAGUGUUGAAUCAUUAGCCACUGCUAAGCCAUAUAUCUGUGAGAUGAAAAGCUGCAGCUUCAGGACUGCUCAGAGUUACAGCUUAAUGCGACACUAUAACAUCAAACAUGGCCGUACGCUUGAACAAGCCAAAAGGUUGACCUCUCUGAAAAGUACAUCAUUUAAGCCUUAUGUGUGCCAACUUUGUUACAAAAGUCACAGACAAAAACAUGUGUUGCGAGCCCACUACAUUCAGAUACAUAACCUGAGUGGGACUUUGGUUGACAAAAUAAGCUGUGCAUCUGUACAGUAUGACGGAAAAAAAGACCCUUCAAAGCAUAAAUCUCAGCACCUGACAAAGCAUAGUCUAAAAGUGAAGAAGAAAGAGAUCCCAAAGUUGCAAUGCCAACAGGAGAAAAAAAACUCAACCGUUGUAAGGGAAAAUGCACAAAACUUUGACAAUCAUUCUCCAUCUGAAAAGGAAGGAGAGGAUGAGGCAGAGAGUAGAGAGGAAGACAACGAGCAGAAGGCGGAAAGCGAAGACAGGAGCACACAACAGGUCAGAACCACAAGACGUUUAGUAGCCAAAAGUAACCUCUGCUAUAUAUUGGAUAAAUUCAGUAAACCCUUUCAUUGCGUAGCAAAAAAUUGCGAUGCCGCUUUUUCCACCCAGGGAGGCCUUGUGCGCCACCUACAGUUGAUACAUCAUUACAAUCGCUCUCAGCUCUUGUUGGAAAAAGAUUUUGAUGCACGUCACAGUCCAGAAGUCCGAAAAGAGCCUGCCAAGAAAAGGCAUCGGCCAAACUCGGAUGAACCUCAGCCCCAAUUCAAGUGUCACUUUGCUAACUGUAGCGCUUCCUACCACCUUAAAAGCAGCCUGGUUCGUCACACUCGUGAUUACCACUCACAACCACCAGAGCUAAUAAGGUGCAAGUUUGAAGGCUGUACAAAAGUGUUCAGCCAUGAUGACGCUCUUAAAAAACAUAUGAUUUAUAGUCACUGUGAGGACUACGAUUCACUGGUGGUAUGUCUUCAGAGCACUCACAAAAAGUCACUUACUGGAUGCCAAAAGAAGCUUAUUGUCACACCACAGAGUCCUCCGAAAGAAGAAACCGUUUCAACCACCACGCAGGUUGAGGCAUCGAGUACCAAGCCUCAAAUAACUGCAGAGUCGGAGGAAAUGGGUGAGGAGGCAGCUGUGGAAAAGGAAGUGUUGGAAAAGAAGAGAGAGAGAAGAUAUUCUUACAACCGUUAUGUCUUCAGAUCUCAUGAAGAAGCACUACAGAUGUGCCAAGACCGCUGUAUGCGUGUGGCCUACCCAUGCAUGGUUCAGGACUGCGAUUCUGUCGUCACGUACAUUGGGAGCUUGCACCGUCACUACGUGCGCGUUCACCGCAUGCGUCGAAAAGAUCUUGAUAAGAAUGAAGAAAAGCUGUUCUUCAAUGCUGAGCAGCUGGAGGAACUGAUUCAAAGGGAGUCGGCCAGGCCAACAGGUACAGGAGCGUGUUCCCCAAAUGGAGUUCGCAAAAUGGAGUAUCAGACAGAGCCAGAAAACAAUGAGGGACUGCCUGCACCUAUGAGCUUACACUCCAUCAAGGCAGACACACUGGAGGAGGAUAGUCCCGAUCCACUGGAAUUUCCAGAGGAGAAAGAGGAGGAGCCACCCCCUGCUGUGAGAAAUGGAGUUCUUGUUGGUGCAGACGAGGUGCUUUAUGGUGAGCCGAGCACCGGUGGGCACACCGAAGACUCUGCUGCAGCAACACAGAACAGUCCGAAACAGGAGGAGAGAUUAAGCUUGGAUAAAAUCAAACCUCUUCUUCGCCCCCUCACUGUUGACCUCUCGCCACCAUGUUCCCUGCGCUUUACUGCUGAUGAGGGCUUCCAAAACGUAUCAGGAACCAAGGAUGGCGGUAAAAUGUACAGGUCAGCUCUGCUGCCCGCUCCUCCCGUUCGCCAGCCAUUAAAACGGAAAAAUGAAUUGUCCGGACUGCCUUUAAAUUUGAAAGACACUCAGCCUUGUAGCCCUUCUCAACGCACUUUUGACAUUGCUGCUUAUAAGCCUAUGGGCUUUGAGUCCUCAUUCCUGAGGUUCAUACAAGAGACAACCCCAAAAGACAAGAAUGCUUUGCUGGUGAAAAGGCGAGACUCUUUCAGACGCAGUUGUUCAGUUAAGGAGAACAACCAGCUGGGAAUCUCUCACAGCCGCAGCAGACGCACUCAUUCCCCACUGAUGAAGCCCCAUGGUAUGACUGGAGACUUCACGUCAGUCCAAAACUUAAAGUCCAUCUUGGACAAAGCCCUGACUGGGUGUGGGGACCUGGCUAUUAAGCAGCUUCAGUACCUCAGACCCGUGGUGGUCCUGGGGAGACCAGUGUGCACCACCUUGCCUGACCUCUUCCCAUCAGACGCCAACGACAGCAAACUGCUUCUUGGAAGUUCGUUUAACUGAACACCUUUUUAACAUAGCUAUGGCAAAUUACUUUGUAUUUUCACAAGCUGUACCAGUAUUUUUUUUUUCCUCCCAAUUAUGGUAUUUUUUUAAAUUGUCAAACUGAUCAAUUUAUUGAAAUGAAAUAAUACCAAGACGAAAACGGUGCACAUCCAAUUUAAUUGAUUAUUCGAUAUUGUUAUGAAAUAAUUCAGAUAACACUUAUGUUAUCUCAUGAUCACAAUUGUAUAUACUAUAGUUCUCCAAUAUAAAUGUACAGAUUUUCAGAGUGUUAGAAAUGGUCAGUAGCUUAUAGCAAGGCCUUCUCAGUUGUGUGAAUUGUGACUGAAAAAACAUUUCCUUACUACAGAGUUCUUGAGAAAUGUUUUUUUUUUUUUUUUUUUUCACCUCAGUUUAUAUUAAAUCAGUGUUGGGAUGCAGUGGACCGAUGUUGGCAAAUAUGUAUGUAACAAUUUCUAAAGAAAUAAAUGUAAACCUGGGAAAC